GUUGGGAAAGGGCCUGUGGUUCUCUUCCUGCAUUGAGGGGAAAGCGAACACACAAUGUUCAUUUCCUAAAUACGGGAUGUGCUGUGCUGGCAGGUCAUUUUCCACCAGGUCACAUCCUUCUGGAUGAAGGCAGCAGGGGUCAGGGGCGGAAAUGGCAAAUUCUCAGAAUGAGACCAGGCUUUCCCAGGGCAGCCAUUGGUUCUCUGGGAGUAUAAAGCACACUCAUCCAGAAACAGCCUCUGGGUUUUCUUUCCUGAAGGCAGCCAGAAGAGAAUGGGCACGGAGCCGUCCCCAGCCUGGGGGCCGCCGGGCUCAGACGCGCUGCGGCGCUUCCAGGGUUUGCUGCUGGACCGGCGCGGGCGUCUGCACGGGCAGCUACUGCGCCUGCGCGACGUGGCCCGGAGGCUCGAGCGCCGCCGCCGCCGCUCGGUGGCGGCGCACGUGGCGGGCAGCUCGCUGAGCGCGGCGGGCGCCGUGGCCGCCAUCGUGGGGCUGUCGCUCAGCCCGGUCACCCUGGGAGCCUCGCUGGUGGCCUCGGCCGUGGGACUGGGGGUGGCCACCGCCGGAGGAGCCGUUACCAUCACAUCCGACCUCUCCCUCAUCUUCUGCAACUCCCGGGAGGUGCGGCGGGUGCAGGAGAUCGCGGCCACCUGCCAGGACCAGAUGCGCGACAUCCUGAGCUGCCUCGAGUUCUUCUGCCGCCGGCAGGGCCGCGGGGACACGCAGCUGCUGCAGAGCGGGAGGAACGCAUCCAUGGCCCUGUACAACUCUGUCUACUUCAUCGUCUUCUUUGGCUCCCGUGGCGUCCUCAUCCCCAGGCGCGCCGAGUGGGCCACCAAGGUUAGUCAGGCCGUGCUGAAGGCCAAGAUUCAGAAACUGGCCGAGAGCCUGGAGUCCUGCACCGGCGCUCUGGAUGAGCUCAGUGAGGUGCUGGAGUCCCGGGUCCAGUUCUGCACCAAGUCCGCCUGUGGCCGCGACCUCGGAAUCUCUGCUGACCAGCAUGCAGGGUUGUUUUUCUGAGAACAUCCUUCCUCUCCUAGGACCACGGCCAGAAGUCAUCCUUAUGGUGUGCCCAGAUUUGUAGCUCCCUCAGGACUUAAGCAAGUUGAGUGCGGAAUGGAGUGGAAAGGAUGAGAAAAACUGCUGAGAAGUGAUUCGUCACAGCCUUUCCUUCUCGACAUCCUGCUAUCCCGGCUGGACUUGAGCGCUUGGGACUCUCACUUGUUGAUCUUAGUGUGUGGCCUGAAACCUUUUUCUUGUGUCAAAAACCGCCUCGGCUGCACACAGUGGGGCAGCCGCUCUUGUUUUAGAAUUAUUUUGGGGUCCCUGCUCCUGCCCUGAUGCUUCAAGAUGAAAUGGGGGUGGUGGCGGCACCUACUUUGUCCUCCCCAAGUCCAGCUAGGCUUUGAGGUCCUCAGUGUGCCCAUGGGAAGACCCACUUGCCUUAACACCUCUCUUCCAGAGUUUCUGAUACAAAAGAACCCUACAGACAGUUUCUGAACAUUGUAGGAAGAUUCAGGACCAGUGGAGGACUAGGGCUGCCGUGACCUCCCUUUCUUGUCCCCUGAGCUUACCCACUCACAGAGCUAGUCAGGAUGUGGUGUGGACCUUGUGAGGGUGUCUUCAGUCCAGACCUCCAGGUAACCUGAGAGAAAAGUCACCUGAGUCAUUAUCUAAGUCUGGCCCCCUUGCAUGAAAAAGCAGAGGCCAAGAAAGAUGUCAGCUACUAACAUCACGGUAUAGAGAAGAGAUAUACAGUCCUGGGUUUGUUAUGAUCUUUGCCACUACUGUGUGACUUUGCCACUGGAUCUCUCUGACACUGGUUUCCUGUUAUAUAAAACAGAGAUAAUAAGAUCUUAGCCUAUUGUAAUAGGCUGAGACAAGGUGCCUCACAGUGCUUGGCUAAUGGUGUGGUUUCUUGAUGGCUCAUUAGCAUUCCCAGGGAUUUUUUUUUCUUUUAAAUACCAGGAAUCGUACUCAAGCACUUGCCAGGCAGUUACUAUGCCACUGAACUAUAUCUCUGGAACUAAGGAAUUUUUCUUUCUUUCUUUCUUUUUUUUUUUUUGGUGCUGGGGAUUGAACUCACCACCUCGCACUUGCCAGGCAGGCGCUUAUGCCACUCAGCUAAAUCCCCGGCCCUUACUAAGGAAUUUUUUAGACAGGCGGUUUUGGGACUCAACCCAGAAUUUAUAGACUCAGAACCUUUGGAUAUGAGGCCCAGUAACUUGCAUUUAAACAAACCCUCCAGGCAAUUCUGAUGCACGCUGAGGGUUGAGAACCACUGCAGCAAAUGUUAAGUUCUGAUUCCCUCAGUAAGCCUUUUCCUGGGUAACAGGGGGUUCCAUAGUCUUGAGAAUCAUUCAUGAGAGAUCAAGGACAGACUGCCUUGGAAGCAUGCGAAAGAAUGUAGGAGUGUGCCUAUACUCUGGCCAGUGCAUCCUGGGGUAAUUUCUGACCCUGUGAACUAAGAGGUGUUACACAGUAUACCCUUUAGAGGGCAGUGUUGCUCACUCAUUGUGGAAACUGGUACAGAAAGGAAUGUGAAUUUACCAGAAACUGAUUUUUCUCUAUUUACCUUCCCUGAAAAUUCCAGACUACUUUUUAAUUUAUUUUAAAUUUUUUAUUUAAUCACUGUUAUUUACAUUUAAUUUUAUUUAAUCAUCACAUUUAGAAAAUAAUAAGACGCAUGUUUUUGAAUAGGAGACUAAUGCUCUUUUUAAGAGAAGAGGUUGAGUUUGAUUUUUCUAAAGACUCUUUCACUUUCAGAGGGACUUUUUUUCUAGUGUUUUAAAUGAUCUUUUUGAAGUAAGUGUGGGAUGUUCUGCACAGAAAGACCAGGAACUGAUUUUAAGUUUGUAAAUUGAGAUUUGACUUGUAGGACAUCUAAAUGACAUAGCAUAUUUGUAUCCCAAAGAGCCUUUGCCAGAAGGUAAAACGACCUGGGAAGAGAACUUUAGUUCAGGAAAAAGAAAAUAAGAGGCACAUGAAAGAAAUUCAUAGAUCUUGAGAAUCUGAUGUCCUGGGAAGUCAUGUCUUAUGGGUGAUGGGCAAAACAGCUUGAUGUUAUGAUGGUGAUGUGUCACUUUGCGGACUGUAAGAAACCUGUCAGCUAUGUCUGAGAAAAUACUUAGAAUCUCCUCAACUUUCAUCCUUUCAAUUACAAUGUUGAAAAACCAUUUGGAAAGUCUUUGGAACCACAUACAAAAGCCUUGUGUACAUUACCUAUAUUUAGUAUGCGAUAUACAUUUGCCAUGUCUACCCCCACACUUCCCAAUGAUGGCUGUGUGUCUGAGGAAGUGUAAUUUUAGCACUGGGGGAGGGGUGGGUGUUUCUAUAUUUUUACUUUUCCCAUAAAUAGCAAUUUGUCUGUUUCCUGGUUUAUUUUUAAAUUGACAUUGACUUCUUUUGAAACUGGUGUUAUUCUAGACUACUGUGCACAGAUAACACUGAGAAAUACCAGAACAUGUUAUGGCAAAAAUGUACGCAGCCAUUCCCUAAUACCAUCAUUUAUUAAUGCUUGAGCUUGAGUUACAUUUUCCCAAUACUUGGUAUGUUCAGUAAAAUAAAUGGAGCACUUCUGGAAGAAGCAGCAGCAGCAACAACAAAAUUUUUCUUGUCCCUUGAGUAUUUUGAGUGUCUUAAAGUUUGAAACUUCUUCAGUGGCCCGUUUUACAUCAAGGGAAGUGUGUCUGCUUUAGGAACCAUAGUUGCAUUUAGUACAAACUCAGAAAAUGCAUUUGAGUCAUUUAAUUAAUGGCUCAAUUGUAUUAAUAAGGAUUUGUUGAUAAUGAAAGACCUUCCAUCUUGUCAUGUCUGUGAUAAAAAGUGAAGCCUCUACCAGGAUUUAGUCAAGUUCGGUUAAAUUAAUCCUAGUGACAAAUAAAUAUUCUUUCUUUCAUGGGAAUGCAAAUAAGGCUUUUUCUUAAGGCCUUGAUUUUAUAAACGAAGAAGCUGAAAUGGUAUGUUGUAAAGGGAGAUGGGAAAGGGGACAUUUAGAUUAUAAAUGUACUUUACAAAAAAGUCAGAGCUAGAAAAAUAAACGUGUUCACACUGAA